CGGAAGUGAGGCCUACCCACCAAGGCUCCGGCUACUGACUGGCUGGGAGGCAGAGCGAGAAGGAAAAGUUCCCAUGGCAACCCGAGCCUCCUGAAUGUUGCUUUGGAAGGAAGGAAGCACCUUGUUGAUCCUGCCGAAAACCAUUGCCAUCCUGUCUCUCCACAACAGGUAUCUCCUAUGAAUCUAAAGGCAAAGUGAAGGUGGAUGGAUGACCCUGGGACGGCAGGACCCUCUUGGGCCUGGGGAGCAGAGUGCUUUGUCUGCGGCUCGGCUCUCGCAAGAUGCGCAUCACCUUCUGCCAAGGUGUGUUGGGCGUCGCCAUUGCGGUCAACCUGCUGGUCCUGUACUACAUCUCCAGCCUGCAGCAGCGCCUCUUGCAGCGUCACCGGGACCACCCGCACCACAGCUCCCGCUCCUCACUCUGUCCUACAUUGAAACCUGGUUUAACCGUCCUCAUCCGGGAAUUCGAGGACUUCGAGAACUACGUCCCUGACGUGGUGCGGUCCUUCUUGAAGCAGGACCCGGAGCUGAAUAUAGUCGUGGCGGCUGACCGCUUGCCCUACCCUCCUAUGCUUCUCCCCAACACUCCUAACAUCCACGUCGUCGUCCUCAAGCCUUCCCCGGACCGGCCUGCCUAUGUGUUCAAACCCGAGAUGUACGUGAGGACAGAAUACGUGGCCUUGGUGCCCGACGGGGUGAAGGCGGACAUGGCGACGGCCCAACUGGAGCAAAUGUUGGAGGAGUUCCGGAGCAGCCAAACUAAGGUUGAGAUGGUGGCAGCUCCGGUCCGCUCGCCAGCCCCACUCCAGUGCCUGAACCUCAAGGUGAGCCUUAAAGAAUGGACGGCCGAGUAUACGACGGCCCCUCCUGCCUCUAGACUUUGCACGGCCUUGACCGGGGAAGCCGUAGUCCUCCUCCGCACCAAGGACUUCUUCAACCUCUCCCUCCCCUUGGCCCGGCCCUUGUUGACCUCCCUCUUCGUCCAGACCUCGCUCCGAGGCUGGGCCGUCCGCGUCCUGGACGUUUCCUUCUCGCUCCUCCACCAGCCCUUGCUCACCUCCUCUCACAACCAGUGGAAGGCCGACAACUUGGCCAAGGCCAACCGCCUACAGCUCUUCCGAGACUUCGGCCUCAAGCGGGUGAUCCUGGAGGACGGCAAGGAGCAGUGGUUCGGCUGCGGCAAGGAGACGCCGCGCUGCUUCGGCACCAUUCACGAUGACACCCCGGAUUACCUCUACCAGGACCGCUGGACCCCGCCGUGCUGCCUCCGCGCCUUGAGGGAGACCGCCAAAUACGUCGUCAACGUCUUGGAGACCUCCGGGGUGCGCUACUGGCUGGAAGGGGGCACGCUCCUUGGGGCGGCCCGCCACCAGGACAUCAUCCCCUGGGACUACGACGUCGACCUCGGCGUCUACUUGGAGGACAUCCCCAACUGCGAGCUGCUGAGGAACGCCGAGUCCGGCUCCGUGGUGGACGAGAAGGGCUUUGUCUGGGAGAAGGCCAUCGAGGGGGACUUCUACCGCGUCCAGUACAGCGAGCACAACCACUUGCACGUCGACCUGUGGCCCUUCUACCCCAAGAACGGCUUGAUGACCAAGGACACCUGGAUGGACCACCGGCAGGACAUCGAGUUCCCCGAACACUUCCUUAAGCCCUUGGUGCCCGUCCCCUUCGCCGGCUUCCUGGCCUUAGCGCCCAAUGACCUCCGCGGAUUCCUGGAGCUGAAAUUCGGUGUAGGGGCCAUCGAGAAGCCAGAGUACCCCAACCCAGCCAUGAAGAGCAUGGAGAAGGGGAGCUGAGGGGCGGUCUUUUGGCAUUUCAAACCUUUGGCCUUCCUUUACCCAUCAGUGAGCAGAAGCAGUGGGUCCUCAAAGUGUUUACAUGCCCAUUUACUGUCUUUUGUCAUGUGUACAAACCGGGGAAGGUGUUUACAACACUGCGGCCUCUUUCACGAAGUACUUUGAUGCCACUUUGAUUGCUAUCUGGAAUCUUGGGAUCUGUAGUUUGGUGAGCUCUCAGGCACAGAACUAUAAACUGAAUGAGAUGUAGUUUUACGAUUACAUGGCAGGAUUGGACUAGAUGGCCCAUAUGGUCUCUUCCAACUCUAUUAUUCUAUGAUGAUGAUGAUGGUGGUGAUGGUGGUGUUUAUUUAUACCCAGCUUUAUCUCUCCUGAAGGAGACUCAAAGCGACUUAACAUACUAUUACAUUGCAGGGGAUUGGACUAGAUGGCCCAUGUGUCCCCUUGGGGAGAGAGGGCCAAAUAAUAAUAAUAAUAAUAAUAACAAUAACAAUAACAACAACAACAAUAAUAAUUGGCAGCCCUAUCAAGAUGUGUACAAACUGGGAAAGGUGUUUACAACACUGCAGCCUCUUUCACAAAGUACUUUGAUGUCACUUUGAUUGCUAUCUGGAAUUCUGGGAUCUGUAGUUUGGUGAGCUCUCAGGCAUAGAACUAUAAACUAUGUGUCCCCUUGGGGAGAGAGGGCAAAAUAAGAAUAACAGCAACAACAACAAUAAUUGACAGCCCUUUCAACAUGUGUACAAACCGGGGAGACCAAGGGGCUUGUUUAUAAAGCUAUUGUCCUCCCAACCCUGCUAUAUGCCUGCGAAACGUGGACUGUCUACAGACGUCAUAAGCAACUCCUGGAACGAUUCCUCAGCGUUGCCUCCAAAAAAAUUCUUCAAGUGCAGCAUUUUUCCGAAUGAAGCAGAGCAUGUUUGAGGACUGGGACAUCCGUAAGGAGACCAAGGUGCUUGUUUGUA